CUGAUCUGUCCUUCAUAUGUGUUUGGCAAAAACGUCAACGUGAAGUUACAGAGUUACAGUUAUAUGUCAAAAGUUGUUUCAAAUGCAUACGAAACUCAAAAUGUAGACGAGCCUGUGGACACACCAGUUUUCAAGAUGAACACUGCAUUGGUACAUUGGAAGGAGGCAGCGACUGUCAUUUUAACAGCCGGAAUCAAACGCACGUCUGUUGUUGACAGUUUAAGGACAAGUAUCGAGAAACAUUCUCCGAACCCUCCUGUCACCUGGACCCAGUCAGGUUUACCUGUUAAGUCAGCAUUUGAUUACGAGGUGCUCCUGCUAAAACGAAGUGGUAAGAGUGGGUUUAUGCCAAAUGCAUAUGUCUUUCCCGGUGGUCUCGUGGAGAUUUCGGACUUUUCCAGUGAAUGGCUCGAUAUUUUCAGGAACUUCACACACUCACCAAAUUUCGGGUUGGGAGUUGUUAAACAACCACCUCAGACUAGACCUCCUAUUUUCGCCACGGAUAGAAUGAAAUUUGGCUCUCCUAUCCCGGGAGAUGUUGCCUUUAGAAUAUGCGCUGUGCGGGAGACCUUCGAAGAAUCAGGCAUACUUCUGGUUGUACCCAAAGAGGAAGAAAAUAGCGUACUGAAGUCUAUGAAAAACAAAGAAGACGCUGGUAUGGCAGAUUUGGCACAAAUAUCAAACGUAUGUGGCGAAAGGGAACUGGCUAACUGGAGGCAGUUGGUGAUGAAGAACCCACUGAACUUUAUUCGCAUGUGCAGGGAGUUGGAGUGCCUGCCCAACAUCUGGGCCUUGCACGAGUGGGGCAACUGGCUUACUCCUACAGCAGUGUACGGCAAGCAGAGGAGGUACGACACGGCAUUCUUCAUUUGCUGCUUGAAGGACAUACCUCACACUGUGCAGGAUGAGAAGGAGAUAGUUCAUUUUAAGUGGUCCACUCCCAUUGAGGUUCUUCAGAGCUAUGAGGCGCGUGAAUUGUGGAUUGCCCCACCGCAGCUGUACGACCUGAGUCGUCUGUGCCACUUCCGUGGCCUAGAUGACCUCCACCGCUUCGCUGAGCAGCGCUCCCUAGAGGGCUGUGAGCAGUGGUUGCCCAUCAGACUCACCUCUGCAGACUGCUACAUAUCACUGCUGCCAGGUGAUGGGCUGUACCCCGAGCAGGUGGACAUGUCCGGCCAGCGUGACGUGAACAUGCGCACUCAGAAGAGCCUGGAGGAGCUGCAGCAGGAGAGCUCUAGCUUCCACCGCUUGGUCUUCCACGACCCCUACACCACGUCCAUGCACAUCAACAUCACCCCCAAGUACAAGCACCUGAGUCCACUGCCUGGUACAUCCAGCAGCUGUGGUAGUAAUAGCAGUAGCAGUAGUAGUGACCGCAGCGGGAGCACACCCACCAGUCGGCUCUGAGUCUGUCUGCACGUCCCUCUGCUGGCGUUCAGGGAAACUGCAUUUGUCAACAACUACACCACUGGGGUGCACCGGCCUUAAAAAGCUGUGGGUGCAGAGUUUGUGUUCUACUUGCUUAUUUGUUUAAAGCCAUAAACUGUGGGAGAGAGUUUGAGUGGUGGUUACAGUAGUGGUCGGUACAGUAGGUUUGUAGGUUGAGGACGUUUGUGCAUGAAAGUAGUGUUUUCUCAUUUGCUACCUCAGUGUUACAGUUGGAAAGUUUCGGCAAAUGGAAUGAUGGCCUGAUAUAUCUGACAAAGAAAAACAAAACCACGCAAGAAAAGGGUGCUUCUGUUCAAAUCACUAAUGAAGCAGCACAUGAGACAUUCUACUAGAAACGUACAUUUCCUAUCAAUGAAACUUAAUCCUAAAAUGUCGUAAACUGACUAGAUGAUUGAUUUCUAGGAGUUGUUCUGUAAAAGGAUAUGUAAUUCUCAGAUAAUGCUCUCAGAUGUUUUUUUUUCUUUAUUAAAAAGCCUUUUAAUCUUUCUUAAAGGGACACCAGGCAACGUUUUCGUGUUA